CGCGCGCGCGCGCGCAUCCAUGGGGGGCCACUCCACCGCUGGGCUCCAGAAAACCACAUCAGCUGGGUACCGACUGCCUUCCACCAGGCCGCCAGCUUUAGUCUCCUCCACUGCCCGGGGUAGCCCUGUGGUGGGCAGGGGACUUGGUAGUGGCCUGGCCCUGAGGGCUGAUGGUGUGCAGCAGGACCAGCUGUGGAGAGAACUCCUGGAGGCCGAGAGGCGGAGCCAGCAGCGCUGGGCUCAGAAUUGGAGUUUCCUGAAAGACUAUGACCCCAUGGGCAAUAAGAAGGAAUCCAAGAAGCUGCCGGAGCACAUGCCUCUCUUUUCUGACACUGUCCCCAAUUCCACGAACCGGGUCGUGGGCAGCAGAGUGGACACGCCCCUGGGGAAAACGCUCAUCAGCCUGGACUUCUUCUUCGUAGAAGGAGCCCGGAAGAAGAAGCUGGAUGUCGAGCUGCAGCCCAUCUAGGAGAAGGAGGGCGGUCAGGGCUGCCCCAGCUUCUGGAGGCUGCCCACUUUCCUCGGCCGGUGGCCCCCUUCAAAUUCAAAGGCAGCAACGCAGCAUUUCCCACCCGACCCACCGAGGACCCGAGAUGAGGCAGUGCCGUCCGCCCCUGGGAACCUGGGGCCUGGAGUCAUUCCACAUCCAGGAUCCCAUCUCAUGCCUGACUCACCGCGUUCUCCUCGCCGGCCUCAGUGAUCCACAGCUGUAAAGCAGGGAGGGGAGAGUCCAAGGGUGUCACCAGCUCCAGGGUCUGUCCUCUGAGCACACAGCGAGUCUGAAUCACACAGGUUUGAGGCUCUCUUACACAGUGCAGUGGUUGGCCACGGUUCCCAGAAUAGGAGGGGUGGUGGGGCCCCCGGCUGAAGCAGCUCUCUCCUAAGGCUGGUCCUGGUGCCACCUCCAGGAUAAACAGAGCCUAGUACAGGCAGAGAGAAGAGAGAGCCGCUGCCAUGGGCAGGACCAGGAAUGUCCAACCAGGAAGAUCUCGAACUGGGAGCAGCCUCCUUGCUUCCACGGGUCAUUGCAGUGACAUAAUGAGAGCUAAACACCUGGCACACAGCAGGCGCUGCACAUUCCGGAUGCUUCUGUAGUUGUCCCUGCUGCUACUGAUAAGCCUUCGCUGCUUGUCAGAGAGCGUUUUACUUCCCUAUUUUGCUUUACCUAUGAGCAGUAACUGUCCACUGAUUCGUAAUCUAACCGGGGCAGCGGCCAGUGUGAUGCCCAUCACAUGUGUGAUAGCAGAGGUAUCUGAGAACUACCUAAGUGAGUUUACUGAAACCCUGGCGGACACUCAGUCAACUGCCUAGAUUCCCUUUGAAAAUAACCCCUGAGAUCACACCUCAGCCCACCUGAAACUCAGAGAUGCUCCUCCUCUGUGCUCCCGGCGUCUCCCCUGAUGCAUCCUUUUCUUCAGCGAUGUCUUCCCCUCCCUGCCCGAUGCCUGCACACUCGUGCUCCCUUUCCUCUCCCUGUCCUCAGACGCUACAGGACAGAGUCCAAAACUCAUGAACAAAGGUCCACGGUCAAGUUACAGCUGAUUCCUUGUGUUGGCAGCAGAUCAUUGUAAGUUGGGAGAGGCAGGGAGAGGCCACGGAGGGCGGGAGCGCUCUUCGCCCUCCAUCAUCACAGACAGCCGACCUGGCGGCUGGCGGCUCCGUGGCAGUCUUUCCCAGCCUUCCUGCAGUCUUGGCCCUCAGUGCCAGCCCUUGGCCCUGUGGGUCACACACCAUCUCGUCCCCAGGGUCCCAGGCCCUCUCCUGCUCCCCAGUCUUCUGAGCACCAGGAGCCCUGCUGUCUGGUCUGAGUGACAGAGCCCUGGGAGCUCUAAGGAAAGACAGGUGGGAAGCCAGGGAGGGGCUGGCAGAGACUUCCGACCAAACGCCCACUGACCUGCGACGGCCUGAGUCCUCCACCUCCAGCUUCGACACCCAAGCACAUCAGAACAACAACAGUUUAGGCUGGAUUUGCCCUCCCUGCUUCCUACCACUCCCUACCAUCCAAUGAGGAAUAACAAACAGAAAUCGCAUCUUCUGGCCAAAGCAUCCCAGAUCCUGGUGGCAUUGGCCAGUGGUCAGUGCGCCCCAUGCUGAGGGCACGGCAACAUGAAGCCAGAGCUGUGACAGUCGGCCGACAAGAGCGCUGGGAAGAGGUGGUGGCAGCUUUCUAAAUGGGAGGCUUUCCUGGUGAUGCCAACAGUGGUGGAGGUGACAACGGCAGCUCCCUCCCAGGGCAAUUGUUCAGCAAGUUUCCGGAAGUUGUUCCUUGGAGAUGCUCAAUAAAAUCUGCUUCCUCGUCCUUCCAUCGAUUCAGCCUAAUGCCUCGUAAUGAUAAUGACGCUAACGGAAGAGGAAGAUUCUGUGCUCUGUAAUCAAACACUCUCCAAUACACUCUUCUUGAUGCAGACCUUUCUGACCCCUCAAAGUUCCAGAACGUCCCAUUGUCUCCAGGGACCAUGUCUGUGCAGCCCACCCAGGACUCGUUUUGAAUUUACCAUAGCGAGCGCGCUUCCAGGUCCCGUGACCCAAAGAGGAGUGGUGUUGAUUCUGACGGUCCCAAGGGCUGUGGUGGAAGUGGGGCGGCCUGGUCUUGAGGCCACUCGAUUUUUAUGAUGACGCAACGGACUCUUCAGUGCAGCCCACAGUAAAGAAGACACUCAUGCACUGCACCACUUGGCUGUCUUUGAAGAUUAGCUGCAUUUUAGAUCGAUGUCAGGGGGUAUAAUAGCAUUUCAAACUCACCGUGGUCCAUUAUGCACACGGCAGAAGCGUGGCCGAGAAACUCAGUACGGACGAAGGGGUCCCAUAAGGAAUGCAGUCAUGCUUCUCAGCUUGGUGUGCAUGCAGGUCUGGGGUGUUGGCAAAAGGAAGACUCCGGUUCAGCGUGUGUGUGAGUGUGUGUGUGUGUGUGAUUAUAUUACAUAUGUAAUGUAUGUGAGUACAGGGUAUGUGUGUGUACAU